GCCGAUAGCGAUACGGGCCUGUCAAAGCCCAAAACCCUAUUCUGGAUCAGUCCAUCGGGCCUCCGCCUCGUGGCUCCUGCUUCCUGCAAAAACCGCCGCCCUUCCUGCCGUCCGGCCGUAUCUGCUUUCAGACGCCUCCCUUUGUCUGCCAAUCGGUUCCGUCCACCAGCCGCAUCGAUCGUUACCUCUCCGCCGUCCUUCCAGACGGUCUUUCUCCGUCCGAUACUGCAGUAUUCACGCGCAGGGUAACGAUGAGGGCUGCUCGACGUGGGGAUUUUAUGUUCUGCAAUGUGUGUGGGACGAUGAUGAAUUUUAGUUCUGGCAACCAGGUGGAAUGCCCUUUAUGUAAAUGCUCGAAGAGGUCAAAAGAGGUGAUUGGACUAGAAAUAUCUUACAAAGUCUCUGCUGAGGAUAUCAGAAGGGAUCUAGGGAUCUCACAUUUUGAAGGAAAGAUGGAAGUGAAAGACAUGGAGAUUAACAAGAAGUGCGAGAAAUGCAGCAACACAAAGCUCAAGUUUUCGACUAGACAAAUGAGGUCCGCUGAUGAGGGGCAAACGACUUUCUUCCACUGCCCUGUUUGCUCUCAUACUUUUACCGAGAAUUGAACAUUGAAGCAUCUGAGGUUGAACUAUCACUUCGUAACCAAGACAAGGUCUCUUACAUUCUCGACAUAGAUAAGCUUCUUUUAGCUGUUGCAGUGCUUGCAUUAUUUUGUAAGGAACUGGAAGCCAGAAUCCCAGCUAGGUAUGUAUACCAUAGUAUUUUUUUGUUUGAUGAUCCAAUGGCCAGUUGGCACAGUAUGUUAGACAUUUAUAAUCUCGUUCUUCUUCCCUUGCAAUGGAUCUAUAGAGGAAGGAAUAGGGUUCUAGCUGUUAUUGGGGGAAAAGGACACUACAUAAGUUAAUGCAGUGUACAAGAGAGUCCCUGUUGGUCCUGUGUACAAGAAACAGAUACACAUACAGGCAAGUCAAAUUCCUCAUGUUCUAUGGUGGAGCUAUGAGUUAGGUGCAGAAUACACCAUUGCAUUUUGGUGUAAAUGUAACCAAAGAAAAGCCGACAGUUGCAGUCCAUUGAGUUAUAUGGCAAUUAGAUCCUUGAAAACUAGUACCAAUGAUACCACACUACUCUGCUUCCAUGCACAUACGAAUGGAAGAUGCCAUACAAAAGAAGGAUGGAAUAAUUCUAUUGGGUUUUCAGGAUACAAGCAUCCCAUGAACGAAAUUUGCUGCGGUGACUGGACGGUGUAUUGUGCAUCAUCCCCAAGCGUCUCGUAUUGUCGAAACCCUAACGAGUAUUGGUUUUGGGAUUCAAUGAUGCACUUCACCAGCUUUACCCACCGCUUGCUGUCAGCCAAGAUUAUCCCACAGAUAUCUGCCGCUCUGAGUUGUGGUAAAAUGUAAUUGGCGAUUAACUAAAGCCUAAGUUGAUAUGAUUCCAUCAGAGGCCAUUUACAAGCUUGGAUUGCUUGCCCAAGAAGGAAUCAUACUCACCACUUUGAUUCCUGAAGUUUGGCUAAGUAUUCAAUUUGAUACUGAAAUGAAGAGAGUGCUAGUAAUACCGAAAUGAAGACGGAAGAAUGUGAGGAAAAAUAGAAUUGAGUAAAUUGAUGCGGAAAAUUUCAAUUUGAUACCUGACGUUAUGUUGAAGGAUGGAAAAUAUAACGGUGCAACCGGAAGACGACUUAUGUGGUUUAGUUGCAACUAAAAAAAACUUAAGUGAUUAGUAUGCAAUGAAACUAAUACUUAUGUGGUAUCCGAUGCAGUUAACCUGAUGAAAUAUCAAUUCGUUGAAAUGAUUAUUCACGAAAUUAGAAUUUUGUUUCAUGUACGAUACCGAGAACAUGCUCGAAAUAUAUUCGACUUUCGUUUAUGAUGUUGGGUGCCUCUCUGUAAUGUUAACAAGAGUUUGCUUUGCUUUUUUAAUUUAUUGGUCUCCAAUCCAUCAACCUAUGAAUUUGAGGCUCUCGUUAAAUUUGACAUGUAAAAACCAUUAAUCAAUUUUCGAUUCACGUAGACAAAUCAUUGACCAAUUUUAUACUCAAAUCUCUUACUAUUAAAACAACCUUCCACCUUCAUUGUUCAAUUUGCAGAACCAACAAGAAAAUAUUAGAAUUUAGAAAGCUAACAAUGAGCCUCUAUGUUCUGCCAGUUCCCAUCAAAUCAAAACCAUAAGAAACGGUUGCUUUGUAACAAUAACUAUUGACCAUGGAUUGGAUGGACCAACUUAAUUGCCAGUUCGGCAUGAAGUGCUGCUUUGGACCAUUAACCCUCGAGUUUACAGCUGCGAUUCUUUCAAGUAAUCAACCAAUUAUUACAACAAUUUCCCCCCUUUUUUCUUCUCUUUUCUUCUCUUGAUUCUUGAAUACACUUCAUACCAACAAGAACAACAACAAGGGACGAUCUUUUAUAUGGGGAAGUGAGGAACCGGCCAACGAAGCUCCACCUCAUUCUGCAGAAUCAGUCCAAAAAACUGAACAACUGUAAUUGUCAACUUGGACCACUUUUCUGCUGGUAUGCACAAUAAUCUAUCUUUAUGCAA